UUCUUCUUAGUUUGUGCUGCUGCCUCUCUUGGUCAGGGCUCCCUUGAACCUCUAAAAUAAUACAGAGCAGCUGGCGUGUGCUAACACGUAGAUCUACACAAAGUAGUUAACAUGCCAGUGUUCAUGCUUAUGUAUUGCUUGGCAACAGUGCAGUGCCAGUCCGGUUGCACAAAAGAAAUAAAUAAGUAAAUCAUAAUCUCUUGUCACUUAUUACUGUUGACUAAUAAAUGGAGCUUGUAGAACUGUUGUAUGAUAGAAAUAUCACACGCUGUUAUUCUGAAUCGACACAGCUGUGAUUAACUACAGCCGAAUUACAGCCAUGCCAAUAUUUAGAAUAACAGCACGACCUCGAGUGCAAUCACAGAUUGUAUUUACAAUUCAUCUCUGGUUUGUUUGGUUUGUCGUACCUGCAGCAAUAUUGAGAAUGUCAUUUUUUAAGUUACCCUCCAGCCUGUUCACCCACCAGCGAUACAAAGUGAUUUAAAACAUACAAUUAACCUGUCAAAGCUUACAUAUGGUACCUUUUAAUAAGGACAGCUUGUUCUUGCGCCAUCCAAAUGGCUAAACAUCUGUUUAAAGCAGCAGUAACUCAAAAGGUAACAUUGAAAGAUGUCACUUGCUAUGAACCUGCAGAGCUUUACAUUCAGUUUCAGUUCAUUUUUUAAAAAGUCUGACCACAACUUUUUUAUUCCACUUCGACAGUUCUCACGCCGCCUUUUCAGCUGUGGAGAAGCCGUAAAAACCCACUGUACACGCUUAGCAACAGGCCGCAGACAGACACAGUUUUAAAUGAAUGUAGAAUUAAAUAUUUCCCUCAGGAUGUGGUGGAGACCAAAAACAGAGCUGAAAAAGAUUAAAUAUUGGAGGUUAUAUUCACCAGGUGACACAAAUGUGACUCCAAAUGAAUGAGCGUGUUGAGUUUGAGCUCCUAGUGGACGGAUUCGAGGGAUUUAAAGCAUUUCUGAUGGUUUUCAAACUUUUUUGACAAAGAUAUUUUUUGCUUCAUCAAAGAUUUCCUGACAGUAGAAAGCAGAGUUGUUGUUUUUUUUGUAUGAAGAUAACCGACUGUUACAUGUGUCGCUGUUUUAAAGUGAAUAACGAUGACCCUGAUCUGCAACUUACACCUCAGAGUGGUCUGGUUUCACAUCUGUAUAGAGGAAGUGGUGAGCAGCACUAUAACACUCAUUUUCCAGUCAGCUUCGAGACAGGAUGAAGAUCACUGUGUUAUAUCUCAACUUUUGUGUGUUUCAUACACUCGUCUCGCCUGAUACCAAAAAACAAGCUGCUCUCAGAGUUGUUCCCAACAGGUCCCAGUUCUUCCAGUACGAGGAAAUCUCUCUGAGCUGUGAGCAGCAGGGAAACUCUUCUGAGUGGACGGUUAAGAGGAACACAUCUCGAAAGAUAAACCAAGACUGUUUCACAUCCUGGGGUAGAGUGAAUGAAUCCCUCUGCGUCACCGAUACCCUUUAUCCAGCAGAUAGUGGAGUUUACUGGUGUGAGUCUGCAGCAGAAGAAUGCAGCGACCCCAUUAACAUCACUGUGACCGGGGGACUUGUGAUCCUGGAGAGUCCAGCUUUUCCUGUGAUGGAGGGAGAAGACGUGACUCUGCGCUGUACAAGCAGGAUGACCUCCUCCAAUCUCAUGACUGAUUUCUAUAAAGAUGGACGUCUCUUCUGGAGCAGCUAUACAGGAAACAUGACCAUCUACAGUGUUUCUAAAUCUGAUGAAGGAGUCUACAAGUGUAACAUCUCGGGAGCCGGACAAUCACCAGACAGCAGGCUCAUCAUCAGAGUGUCAGACCAAACAGUUGCUCCUGGAGCUCCCCUGAUUUCUACCAUCGGGCUGGUACGUCAUGCAGUCGUAGUGACUCCUUACCUGCUGGCCACCAUCAUACUCGGACUCAUAUACAGAGACAACAGAAGAGUACAUCAGCUUGUUGCAGAGGACAGAAGACACAACGUCAUCAUGGAAAUUGAUUAAACCACACACAGAUACUGAAUAUUACAAUAUUUAUGUUUGCCUGUAUCACAGUUUUAUUUGUAUAUUAUAUAUAUAUAUAUAUCAUAAAAAGUUUCCACAUGUCAGAAAGUUGCAUAUUUCAUUUAGAUAAAGAUGACUAUAAUUUAUCAGAAAGUAGCAUGGUUUAAAAGUGAAAACUAGUUUCUAACAGGAAGACGGCUGCAGAGUUUGUAAUGCCAGCCUGAGAGGAAGAGUAGGUGGGGUCUGUCCGCUGCUGAAUACCGCUGUGGUUGUGGUCAGGCAGACAAAAGCAGCCGAGAGGAGGAAGUGUCAGUUCAUCAAAGCACAAAAAACUAUUACGUAACUCAAACUAAACUUUCAGACCAAACGGGAUGAGUAUGCUGAGCUUCACGUGUGUGAAUUUCAAUUCUGAAGCAGCAUUGUGUGACUUUUAUACCGUAAAAUUACACAUUUUAAAUCAUGUCGAUGCUAUAC